AUCACGCUAUCUAAUUACUAAACUGCCCCUAUCUAACCUUCCCAUAAACAUUUUCGAUUCUCAUUUCAGACCGGUCAAAAACACAUUUACUCGUUGUCUCCUGCUUGCUUUGCUUUCAUGGCCAAAUCCUCAACGGCCUCGUCCAAUACGACGCCGUUACCGGUUCUUAAACCUGAAGAUUACUCCCAUAGUCCUGUUCACUACGCCGUCGUUUUGAGGGAUCACACUACUCUUACCCGGAUAAUCUCCACCCUUCCUAAACUAUCCGAUCCUUCCAGAAUUCACACCGAGUCUGAUUCACUGAGUCAAGAACGAGUUGCUGAUCAAAUCUCUUCUGUUCUCGACCGACGAGACGUUCCUUUCCGGGAAACUCCUCUCCAUCUUGCCGUUAGACUUAAUGAUGCCGUCGCUGCUCGGUCUCUCGCUGCAGGCGGAGCUGAUGUGUCUCUCCAGAAUGCUGCCGGUUGGAACCCUUUACAAGAGGCUGUUUGUCGUCGCAGUUCUGACAUUUCGUUGAUAUUACUCAAGCUGCACCACCGCUCCGCCUGGGCCAAGUGGCGUCGACGCUUGCCACGUGUCAUUUCGGUCCUACGCAGAAUGCGUGACUUCUAUAUGGAAAUCACCUUCCAUUUCGAAAGCUCCGUCAUUCCCUUCGUCGGGAAAAUAGCUCCGUCUGACACUUACAAGAUCUGGAAACGCGAUGGUAAUCUCCGGGCUGACACUUCACUCGCUGGCUUCGACGGCUUAAAAAUCCAACGCGCCGAUCAAAGCUUUCUCUUCCUUGGAGACGGUGACCAAACACACAACGUUCCUCCUGGUUCCUUGCUCGUUCUCAACCGCGACGACCGCAAAAUCUUGGACGCUUUCGAAAACGCGGGAGGACCAAUGUCCGAGUCCGACAUUGCCGGAUUUUGUGCGCAAACUAGCGUGUAUCGGCCCGGUAUGGACGUUACUAAAGCCGAACUUGUCGGACGGACCAAUUGGAGACGACAAGAGAAGACAGAAUCCGUCGGUGAAUGGAAAGCCAGAGUAUAUGAACUACACAACGUCGUUUUCAGUUUUAGGUCACGUAAAGUUGCGGAAAACGAUGUCGCUGGAAGCGAACAAGUACUACCUCUGGAACUGGACGAAGACGACGACGGAUUCUUCGUUGCUGAGAAUCCGAGUCUCAACUUCAACGUUGAGAAGAGAAGACACAGUAGUUUUGUGAGGGAGGAAAGAGAUUGGGUGACGGUUGGGAGAAAGAGCGUUGAUAUCAUUCCUUCUUCUGCGAUGUCGUCUACGCGACCGAUGGCUGCGCAUAGGAAGUCCACGUCGGCUGCGGUUACAUUGCCGCCUUUGCUGCCGACGAAGGAGAAAGAGUAUGUGAGAAGUUUACGACCGUCAGUUUGGUUAACGGAACAGUUUCCGUUAAAGACGGAGGAAUUACUUCCGUUACUUGAUAUUUUAGCCAAUAAAGUGAAGGCUGUGCGAAGAUUGAGAGAAUUGUUGACCACAAAGUUUCCGCCGGGGACUUUCCCGGUUAAGGUGGCGAUACCGGUGGUUCCAACUGUAAGGGUGGUGGUGACAUUUACAAAGUUCGUUGAACUACAAUCGGUGGAGCAAUUCUUCACUCCACUCUCAAGUCCUAGACAUUUCCUUAAAGGCUCAUCUGAGGAUGAUGAUAAAAAAUCAGACACACAUUAUUCAUCAUUUCCAUCAUCAUCGUCGUGGCUAAGGAGAAGCAGCAGCCAAUCGGCGGGCAAGCAGCAGCGGAGUUCUUUAUCAUCUUCAUCAUCAUCAUCGGCACAACAGCAUUGGGAGACAGACCCUUUUGCAAUACCAAGUGGGUAUACAUGGACAAGUAUUAUGGAUGACAAGUCUAGCAACAAAAUGAGAAGGUCCAAGUCUACAAGGAAGACCAAGUAAAAUCCAGACUGAUUUGUUGUUCAAUAUUAGUGCAUUGUUUUCUUGGCUUGGAAAAAUAUAGUGUAGAUAUUUUACCAAUGCUGGUUGCUAUUGGCAACAAUUAGGCAAACCAGAAUUGCACUCAGUCUCACCAUCUAUUGACUAGAAAUGUUGCUUACUUGUAAUGUUUUGUGCUUACUCCUUGAAGUUAAGUGAGCAAAUUUUACGGUUUCAGAGUGAAAAUGAUAAAGGUAGAGUCAGUAAUGAAUAUUAAUUUGUGUAUUAA